CGUGAAAAUCAAUUCAUCGAGGUCUGUUCAUCACUAAUACAAAAUAUAAACAAGGCCACAGUUUCUAAUACGUUUGGUUAAUGUUUUAAGAAUUUGGACUAUGGCAGUUAAUUCUUCUACACUCUGAGGCUAAAAUUAGAUUCGGAACGAAAAUGUUUUUGUCCAUUGCCCCCCCGUUGAUGGACUUUGAAGAUGAGCUCCUGUGGAUCAAUCAAUUAAAUAAUCAGAAUAUAACAGUUCUUUAUGAUAAAUCAAAUUAUGUUACGCCCAACACAAAGUUGUUGAUUGAACAAGCUUUCAUCCAGCCACUAAGUCUACAAGAUCAACAAAUCCUCUUUGACGAUCUACAAAAGCAAAAUAGAAAUAUUGCCCAUCAAUAUGGGCUGACACCGGCCAAACUUCCUCAGCUGGUUGAGAACAAUCCUCUAAUUUCAAUUGAAAUUCUGUUGAGGCUAAUGUUGAAUACCGACAUAACGGAAUAUUUUAACAUUUUGGUGAACAUGGACAUAACGCUACAUUCAAUGGAAGUGGUCAACAGACUGACUACAUCUUGUCCAUUGCCAACCGAGUUCAUCCACUUAUACAUUAGUAAUUGCAUUUCCGCGUGCGAAACAGUAAAAGAUAAAUAUAUGCAGUCGCGAUUGGUUCGAUUAGUUUGUGUAUUUCUACAGUCAUUGAUUCGCAACAAGAUCAUUAAUGUUAAGGAACUAUUCAUUGAAAUUGAAGCGUUUUGCGUUGGAUUUAGUAAAAUUAAGGAAGCUGCCGCUUUAUACCGCCUUAUUAAACACUUGGAAACUGGAGACACAAUGCAAACUUCAAACUCGCUAACAAAGCAAUAAGCAGAUGACUUUCAAACUAUGUGAAUAUAAAAAAAUGAACAUCUGAAGAUUUGUA